AUGUGUCAAUCCCCUAUGCGCGAAUUCCUCCAAGGUCUCCCCAAGUGCGAGCACCAUGUCCACCUCGAAGGCACUCUGGAGCCAGAACUGAUCUUCGAGCUGGCCGCACGCCAUGGCAUCACCUUGCCAGAAGAUCCAGUUUAUACCUCAGUCGAGACUCUCAAGAAGCGCUAUGAGCACUUUAGCAACCUAGACGAUUUCCUGCACUUCUACUUCGAAGGCAUGGCCGUGCUCCGCGAGGAGCAAGAUUUUGCCGAUCUCGCAUGGGCCUACUUCCAGAAAGCGCACGCUGAUGGCGUCCAUCACGCAGAAGUCUUCUUCGACCCGCAGGUGCACGAAAGUCGCGGUGUCGCAUACAACACCAUUGUCGACGGCUUCACCAAGGGCUGCAAGCGCGCCGAGUCCGAGCUCGGUUUGUCCACUAAGCUGAUUCUGUGCUUCGUGCGCCAUCUCCCUGUCGCGUCCGCGCAGGAAUUAUAUGAUGAGAUGGUGGCUCACAAGUCUUUUGAGAACGGUACCGUCCACGGCCUCGGCUGGUCUUCUUCCGAAGUCGGUCCGCCUAAGGACAUGUUCCGUGAUAUUUACGCCUCGGCUGCGAAGAAGAACAUCCCGCUGACCGCUCAUGCUGGAGAAGAAGGCGAUCCUACCUAUAUCAGCACUGCACUUGAGCUUGGUGCGCAGCGCAUUGAUCAUGGUAUUCGAUUGAUUGAGGAUGAAGAGCUCAUGAAGCGCGUUGCUCGUGAGGGUAUUUUGCUUACCGUCUGCCCACUGUCAAAUGUGCGCUUGCGCUGCGUCAAGUCUGUGAAGGAAGUCCCCAUUCGGAAAUUCUUGGAGGCCGGUGUGAAAUUCUCGAUCAACAGUGACGAUCCCGCUUACUUCGGCGGUUAUAUUCUCGAUAACUACUAUGCCGUGCAGGAGGCGUUCAACCUGAAUGUUUUGGAGUGGAAGAUCAUUGCGGAAAACAGCGUUCAGGAGAGUUGGAUUGAGGAUAGCCGCAAAGCCGAGAUUCUGGAGAGCAUUGAGGCUCAUGUUAAGAAGUAUAUGCACACCAUUGCUGCAUGA